AUGCGGCACGUUGAUCUGUUCGGCCCUCUUUAUCGACCUGGACCGUCUCACCCGGCCCCGAUGGAGGUCGACGUGGAGGAAGAUUCCGCAGCAACGGAUGACCUCAUUGCCCUUAUCGACGAGGCAGUAAGGGACCUAGACGUGGAGCCAGGGAACCAACGGACGAAUGACCAUGAAAGAGAAAUGAAAGUCGAGUCCGAUAGGCCGGUUUCUCCAUGUCUAUCAAUCGCGGCUUCGGACUCUUGGGAAAUGAUUGAUGAAAGACUGUGCGAAGAACGAGGAGACGAUACGGUGAAAGAUAUCGAACCGAGGGAGAGUAUUGAAAUGGAAGCCGAGACUUCGUCCCUGAAACAGAGUGGAACACCGCGAGGAGAAUACGACGGUGAAACACGCAAUACAAAGGCGACCGAAAAAUGUAAAAGGAAAAAAGAGACACCCGAAGAGAAUAAGAAUAUAUUCCGAAGAUGGGAAGUUCAAGAGGUCUGUUUAUUUAUAGCGGAUAAUGUGAACAAAGAAGAUUUGGUAGCCAAAUAUACUUCCUCAUGUAAAAAACAUGGAGCGAGGCCAAUCAGCCGGAUUAUUUCUCAGCUUCAGACGCUGGAUUAUGAUCAAGACCGAAACGAGUGUCUUGACCUUAAAGAUGAAAUACUUGGACCUGCGGCGUGUGAAACUCUGGAAGAAAUAUUGAAAAGAAUUCAGUUUGUAACAAUAAACCUAGAAGGCACAAACAUUGACGAUGAGUCAGCGGUGGCUCUUUUUGACAUGAUGGAAUAUUAUGAGUCAGCAGUACGGUUGAAUAUUACCGGGAAUCACUGUAUCGCAACGAGAGGUUGGCAAGCUUGUUCACGCUUGAUCAAACGGACAAAAUGUUUGGAAGAGCUGGAUGCCAGAAACACUACUCUAAAUGAACAAUUCAUGCCAAUUCUUAGUAGAGCUCUGCGGCUGUCAACGCAACUUCACGUCCUCAAGCUGGAGAAUUGUAACCUUAGUGGACGUCCCGAUCGUAAUUCUUGUUGUGUUUUGUAUCAAACCCUACUAACAUCUGCCGCAUUGAAACUUAACACAGGGUUAAAGGAAUUGUACCUGGGAGAGAACUACCUGAUGCCAAACGAUGCCGCUCAGUUGAGUGCUCUGCUCAAAGUGAACACUGUACUCCAGCUGUUGGAUAUCAGCAAUAACAACAUACAGGACGAGGGACUGGGUCAGAUCGUUGAGGGGUUGUUGGAACAGAACACUGCGGGUGGAGGGUUGCAAGUGUUGAUAAUGUGGAACAACCACUUGAGUCGGAGUUGUGGACAUCAUCUGUCCCGGAUCUUCACGGCCUCUACAUCGCUCGAGACCGUCAACAUCGGCCAAAAUGUCCUUAGCAAUGAGGUUUUACAUGUGAACAAACUAGCCCUACAGCAGAACCGGACUCUGCUAAGAUUGGGAAUGCAAUCAACACACCUGACUUGUGAAGGAGCCGUUGCUCUGGCAGAGAUCAUAGCUGACAAUCGCACCAUUCAGAGGAUAGACCUGCGAGACAAUAACCUGCAAGUCGCAGGGUUGAUGGCGCUGGUGCUUUCUAUGAGAGUGAACCAGAGCGUGACACAGUUGGACCUGGAUGACAUGCCUCGGCGCAAACAUUCUAUGGGUCCAGCACUGGACGAAUACAUGAGGCUCGUAGCAGAAAUCAGAGGUCACUGUGAAGCCAAUUCUAAGACCACAGAAAAACAGGAGGAUGUUGUGGAAGAAGUAGUGAAGGAAGAGGCUUUGGUACCCAACAUAGAUCGACGGUCCAGAAUGGGUAGUUUUGCCACCAGAAAGAUCUCUCUGACGUGUGAGACGCUUGCCAGGAGCCACGCGAUGCCGACCCCAGAACCCAGUCAGCAGCUGUUGACGGAACCAAAGCGUACGGGAGGCAGGCUGCGGAGCCCCGCACCCUCUCCGAUUCCGAGUCCUGUUGCAAGCCCUUCUCCCACCCGCAGCAGAUUUCAAGUGUCACGAGUGUCCGAGUCCGAGUCUCCUGUUACCCCACCAUCAUCAUCCCCCAAUGUGUUCUUCGGCUCAAACUCAAGAUUUAAAGUGACUGUCGUGGACUCGGGCACGCCUACAAAUCCAACAACGGUUCUAACCUCAAAUAAUGUCACAGUCGGCUUUGAAACGUCUUCCACUCUUUCCCCAAAAGUGUCCGUAAGCCCGGCUCCAUCCCCUACUCCCAUUCCUGCCCCUCUGCUCUCUUCUAUUCCUUCACUGUUUCCUACUCCUAUGCCAUCACCCAUGCCUUCUCCUCUGGUCUCCCCGACUCCUUCACCCACCUAUAUUUCUCCCCUGUCUACAAUCAAUGUUGGAGAAGCACACCCACUGUUACCCUCACCAGCCGCCUCAAACAAUCAUAAAGAUGAUCUAUCUUCGUCGUCAGCUGAAGUUUCCAAUCGUCCAGAACCUGUUGUUAACGAAUCAGAAGUAAAAGAAUCAGUUGUACAAGAGAGUGAUAAAAACAAGUUCACUAAUACAAUAGCAAUUCCAGUACACAACUUGAGGUUAGAUUCAAGUAGCAGUUGUGAUAGAUAUGAAACAAUUAUUGAAGAACCAAUUCCAGACUCUAGUACGAGCAGCACAUCCACUGUCCAAUCGUUGCCAGAAAAAGAUAGCUUAAGCGGUAGUGGUAAAGUUAGUUCCCGUAGUACUGUCUCACCACCAAAAGUAUGUAAAUUGAGAUCUGAAUCAGAAGAAAGUGAUUUGUACAUGAAUAGAAAACUUCCUAAAGCAACGGACAGUUUAGAUUUGUCUGCCCUGAGAGUUAUGAAACAAGCAUCCGUUUCAGUACCUGAAAAACCACCUGUACCGUCCGCGAGAUCAAGAAAAAUUGCUUCAUGGGUGCAGCCAAGUGCUGUGUUUUCCGCCUUGACCCAGGACGACGGAGGAAAAACAAGUUCCGGUUUAGAAAGACUCUUAGGCCUUUUCACGAAUCCGUUUUCUCGGUCAAAAGCGGAUGAGGAGCCUACGCAACAGCUUGAACGUGUACCUGAAGUUCCAGAGGGUCCGACCCAGAUUUGUGAUAACCAAGUGGAAUCAACCUGUACAAACGCAAAUACCACUUUAAAUUUAACCGAACACUUAAGUAAAAUGUCAUUGUUGUCCUCGCUAAGUAAAGGUAUGCAACUGAAAAACAAUGAUAACCCGAAUGAAAAAUUCAGUGAAAUUCACACAAAUGAUAGUAUUAAAAACUCUUUGCCAAAUGAAAAUGAGGAUUGUGGUUUAAAAUCGGAAAGUAGGAGUGAUAACUGUCCCGUGGGGUCCUGUCCUUCGAGAAAUGGCUGUGAGCUGAAAUGUGAUAAGCAAGAUUUAAAUAUUCCUUUUCUUUUUAAUAAUAAUGACGGGUUGAGUGAUGCUGACACCGGAGGUGUCAAGUGCGAGACGUGGCCCCAGGGAACCAGCAUGACACAUCUGAGUCUGAUUCAUCAAACUCAGAGCCAGAGCUCUCCUUGCCUCACAGCUCUGGUCUUCCUCAACAGCAACGUAGCCACCAAUCUUGCAGCUGAAAUAAAGAAGAUGUCUCCACCUGCCAGUGACGAUACAGUGGAUUCUACGAAAAAUAUUUCUUUGGCUCUGUGAACUUGAACCUACUACAGUAGAGGUAAAAAGGUUUGGAUAAAUCAAGUUUCAGUAAACGUAUACGAAAUGUCUUUUCAUUCACGAGGAGUUCCUGUUUUAAUCGUGUUACAUCCGUAAUCAGUUAAUUUCUUCCAAAUCAAGUUAGGCAGUGCAAAUUUCCAUUAGACUCUACGCGUAAAGGAUGAAGGAUAGACUGAAGUGAAAGGUGAUGUGAAAUAUGUUAAAAUAAUUUUUAACACUUUGAGUGCUGGCCC